AUGGGUGGAGACGGCCUCGCUCGUCGUUCUGCUCGUGUGCCGCCGAGUCCCUCACCAUCUCCCACGUUCUCCACGCCCUCGUCCUCGUCGUGCGACAUGGCGAGCAGCCAAGAGCCAUCCAUUGUACCGUUGCUCUCACGCGCGCUGCAUCAUAUUCGCUUGACUCCUCCACGUGUAAUCGCUUCCCCCGCAACUCAGCCGCGCCGCGCUGCAGUUGCGCUCAUCGUCCGUGUCGUUCCCCCACCGUCGUAUGCCCCACGACCAGUUUCAGCUGCACAGCCGGACCCCGUCGCCGCUGCCGAUCCCUCUGCUCCUUCUUCAUCUCCAACCAAUGUACCCACUCCGUCUCUUUCCGAAUUUUUUGAGCUCGACUGGGUAAAAGCACCCGGCGCCCGACCGGAGAUCCUUUUCCUCCGUAGGGACACGCCCGACAGCGGAGAUGCUGGUCGUCUGAGCGGCAGUGGACCUCGCACGCGCGAGGCCCAUGUCGCAUUUCCCGGCGGUAAGACUGAGGAGAGCGAUGAAGGCGGGCUCUACACAGCGAUGCGCCAGACCUGGGAAGAAAUUGGGCUCGACCUCGCUGAGAGCGCAUACACACCCAUCGGGCAGCUGGAUGACCGCGAAGUGACAACCUCGCUCGGCAAGCGGCUGCUCAUGGUGCUCUCUCCGUUUGUCUUUUUACAGCUCGCGCCGCAGACGACCGCAGUGGACCCUGUUGCGGGCACGACGUUGCACUGGGUGCCGAUUGCGGAGCUGCUCCCGCUCGGGGGAGAUGGCGAGCCACGCCCGCGGUGGUCGAGUGUGAGUGUGGAUGCGUCGUCACGCCUCGCCCCGCGGCACAGCACCUUACUGCGCCUGCUUAUGCGCAUUCUCGUCGGAAGUAUGCAGUUCCCUGCCAUUCUCAUUUCGCCGUCGUCCUCGUCCGCGUCGCUUUCUCCCUCGCCGUCAAAGGACACGGCGAAGGCGAUAGACGCGAAGCGUGCGCACGUGGAGGCAGGCGCGGCGAAUGGCACACUCAGGAAGCGCAACUCCCUGCCAGGGCUGAGCCGGGUGCGGGAGCUUGAGCGGACGCAACUGAAGUUGUGGGGGCUGUCGCUCGGCAUGACGCUCGACCUGCUGGUGCACAUGGCAUCGGAUGUUGGAUCCAUACCUGCAUCUAAGGGGAAGAAGAAGAGGAGGAGGAGCGUGAAGGAUAGGGCGUUGGUGGCGCUCAAUGCAAGCGAACUCCUCCCUCCCGAUGCACUGAUGGCAAUGGGAGUUCCUGUCGUCGCGCCCAGCCUUGCGAGUGUGUUCCCAAGGUUCAGCUAUCCAGAUGUGAAUUUCUGGAUCUGGGUAUUCGCAAAGCGUUAUCGAGCAGUCAUCCGUGGAUGGGAGGCCAGUGCACGGGCGGGAGGCACGAAUGACCGUCGGAUGAACUGGACAGGCUCGGCACUCACGACAUUCUACGCAGCAGUGCGCAAGGCGCUUGUCGUAGUUCUUGUCCUGCGCGCACUGGGUGUGCUCGUCGCGCUCGUGCUCGGCACCUGGAUCCUCUUCUGGUGA